UGAGUCCCUGGAGCCCCUUGUCCUGCCGCCCCUGGCUCACACCUUCAUACAAAGCCCGUACCCACAAGUCCACGUCUGCUAUCUCCCGCAAAAACUAUGGAAGUCUCUGCUUCCCCCAAGCCCGAGGAGUCCCAUGAGGAAGAGGAGCAAGAAAAGCAAGGGGAGGGAGCCAGGGAAGGUGAGCAGCCUAGGAAAGUUGCUCCACCUUCUUCGUCCCCUCAGGACUCCGAAUCCAAGGAAGCUGACCCUCUUGAGGAGCAAAAGGGACCGGCGCCCGAACCCCAGCCCAGCGAUGGUACCCUGCCUCAGAGCCCCGGAUCUGGAGGGAGAGAUCUUGGAGCUUCUCCAGCAGAGCCAGACACUACAGUUAGUCCUCCCCCUUCAGAACCAGGUUCGGAAGGUCCUCCACAGCUGAGACCAGAUCCACAGGACCUUGUUCCAUCUGCCACUCCUGAACAUGACAUUCAUGAAACUUCCGAGGCUGGUGAGCCUCAUCCCGGCCGUUUAGAACAAGUUCCUCAUGAAAGGGAAUCAACUCCUUACUUACCACGAACAGAGGAGUCCCCCUCUUACCUUUCCCAACAACCCCAGUACCUGCCGCAGGCCCUGAAUCAGAACUUCAAUCGAUCAGAACACAAACCAGAAUCGGACAUUUUUCAUCGUGAUGAAUCCAGCAGUAACUCUGAUCUCAAUCAGUCAGAACUUGGGCUGAAUCAAAAGGGUACACUUGAACCUCCGGCACCUAAUAAGCUAGAGAUUGCAGCCCAGAAUGCUAAGGCAUAUCUGCUGAAGAAAAGUAGCAAAUCGGGCCUAAAUCUAUACGAUCAUCUUUGUAAGAUACUGACUAGAAUUUUAGAUGAACGUCCUGAAAAUGUUGUUGACAUCAUUGAAAAUAUCAGUCAAGAUGUGAAGAAGGCUCAUUUUAAUAAGAAAUUGGACACACUUCAAGAUGAAUAUGAGGUACCUUUGGCAUAUGAAAUAGCAGAGAAGCAAAAGGCACUUUUUCUCCAAGGGAAUUUAGAAGGUGAUCAAGAACAGGAAGAUGAAAUAGCCGAAAGCCCUCUUCCAAAUGUAAUGGAAUCAGCUUUCUAUUUUGAACAAGCUGGAGUUGGUUUGAGUACAGAUGAAACCUACCGCAUUUUUCUGGCCCUCAAACAGCUUACUGACAUACAACCAGUACACACAUGCCGCUUCUGGGGGAAAAUCUUGGGUCUAGAGAUGAAUUAUAUUGUGGCUGAAGUGGAAUUCCGUGAAGGGGAGGAUGAAGAGGAGAUAGAAGAGGAAGAUAUCAUUGAAGAAAGUGAGGCUGAUGAAGAUGAGGAAGAUGAAUUACCUAAGUCUUCUUACAAGGGCCCACAAGUGAUACCAAAAGAAGAAAACAGAACAGGUGCCAACAAAUAUACCUACUUUGUGUGCAAUGAGCCAGGAAGGCCUUGGGUAAGGUUACCAUCAGUGACACCUGCACAAAUUGUUAUUGCAAGGAAAAUCAAGAAAUUUUUCACUGGGCGAUUAGAUGCCCCUAUCAUGAGUUAUCCCCCCUUUCCAGGAAAUGAGAGUAAUUACUUGAGGGCACAAAUUGCUCGAAUUUCAGCAGGAACUCACAUUAGCCCUCUAGGUUUCUAUCAUUUUGGAGAAGAAGGUGAAGAGGAGGAAGAAGUAGAAGGUGGACGGGAUAAUUGUGAGAAGAAUCCUGAUUUCGAAGGCAUCCAAGUCACUGAGCUAGUAGAAUCCCUGUCCAACUGGGUUCAUCAUGUGCAACAUAUUCUACCUCAGGGCCGGUGUAACUGGUUUAACCCCAUACCAACAAAUGAAGUGGGGGAAGAAGAAGAGGAGGAAGUUGAAGAUGAAGAAGUAGAAGAAAAAAAAGAGGAACCAGAUAAUAUAGAACAAGAAUUGGGGCCACCUCUUUUGACUCCAAUAUCUGAAGAUUUGGAAAUUCAGAACACACCUCCUUGGACAGCUCAGCUAUCUUCAAAUUUGAUUCCUCAAUAUGCUAUUGCAUUCCUUCGAUCUAAUCUUUGGCUUGGAGCAUAUGUUUUUUCUGAUGGCAAAAAGUUUGAGAAUCUUUACAUAGGUUGGGGUCAUAAAUACAGUCCAGACAAUUAUACGCCUCCACUUCCACGACUUGUUCAACCAGAGUACCCCAGUGGAAUAGAAAUCAUGGAGAUGGGUGACCCCACUGUGCAGGAGGAGCAGUCUUUCCGGGUUGCCCAAGAGAAAGCUUUAUUUGAAUCUGAAAAAGUUGAAGAGACUGAAGAAGAAGAUGAAGAAGAUGAAGAAGAUGAAGAAGAUGAAGAUGACUAAUAAGAAUGGAAAAAUGAAUCAGUACCUCAUAAAUGGGUUUUUGGAGAUACAUAUGUGAGUGAUAAUAGCAACUAAUCAUGUUCAGGACUGCGGUUCCUUGAAGAUUUGAAAUUUGGGGUUUCAUAUAUGAAGCUCUUUUAGGAUUACAGAUAGAUAUUUAAAUGAGAAGAUUAAUAUAGCAACAUUGAUACUUUAUGUCAUUAUAAAAUAUGCUUAAAAUUAGUAAGGGCAGUGUGGAAUAGAAAAUUAGGAAAAACCUUAGCUCGACUACCGUCUGUGUGAUCUUUGACAAGUUGCUUAGCCUCUCUGUGUUUUCCCCACCCCUGACCCCCACCAACUAUAAGUCCUAAUUCUAAAAAUGUAUGAUUCUAAGUUCAAUUAUGCUUUGGAAAGUGGUUAGUUUAGAGGUGUUGACAUGAGUCAUAUUUUGUUUUGAGAAAAAUGAUUUUUUAAAUUCUAAGUUUUGAUAUAUUUAUCCCAAGACAUGCAUAAUAUUAUUGUUAACUAUAUGAAAGACACAUGGCCCUCAACAUUCCUUCAUUACAUGAGAAACAGAGAUUUUGCCAUUUCCUUCUCCUCCUUAGGAAAGUAAGUUGCACCUCUAUGACUACUGACAAUCCUAUAGGUGUACUAAUCCAUUUUACAAACUCUGAGUUUCCAAACAUUUGAAUAAACAUACUAACAGAUUGCCAUCAGAGAAGCCUCUAUGAUUUAGAGAACUACUAUGACAAGUUCUGUUUGUGACAGCUGCUGUAACAAGCAGCAAAUCUGGCUCCAGCCAUGUGGCAUGUUUUGGUUGGAUCUAUUAGAAUAGCAUAUGGCAGUUCUGAUGAAAUUCUGUUAAAAAUACUCAAUUAUGUUCUUCUUAACUUUUUAAAAGUAUAAAGCAUUUACUGGUCAGUGGCUUUACUGCUCAAUAGACACAUUUUUUUUUUUUAUCAAUCAGUUAGUAUUCAUUAAGCACUAUGUGCCAAUGUUAAGAUACAUAGAAAGGAAAAACAGCCCCUGCCCUCAAGUAUAUUUUAAUGGGGGAACAACAUGUUAAUAAAUGAAUACAUACAGAGUAGAUGAAAAGCACCCUUAAAAAGGAAGGCAAUCAACAUAAUUUUUUUACAAAUUUAUCUGCACUGAAAGCCUUCUAAUUUAUAUAGUGCUUUACAGUUGACAAAACAUUUCUACAAAUAUUAUUAAAUUGCAUUCUUAUAGCAAGGAAGAACAUAUAUUAUCCCCUAUUUACGCAUAAGAAAAUAUGGUGAAAUUAAGUGAUUUGUCUCACAUGCUGUAUCUUGAGAAAAUGUGAUAUAGGAAGGAAAUAGUGGAGGUGGAGCUCAAACCAAGACCUUGAUUCUGAAUCCACUGCCCCUUUUCUACUUUGAGUUUUGGUUUAUGAUUCUUUAACCUACUGUAAAUGUUCCCGCAAACAUUUGAACUCUAUUGCCUCAACAAUUGAACUCAACAAUUACACAAUCAUUUUGCUCAGAGGUUAGGCUAAAUCCAAGGUUCUGCUAGAUAGAAGCAGGGACUAUAAAGGAAUCCAAGUCUCAACUCCUAGACUAGGGACCUCUCCACCACACUACCUCUUCAAAUCUAUGUAUCAAUACAUUAAAACUAGUAAGCUUUAUUAACUUAAGAUUGCACUAAGACUUCUUGGAAUACGUGGAACUUGAUGGGUUUUAUAUUACUUUGUCUUAUGUAUGUGUAACAAUUGGAGUGAUGCCACCUGCUGGAGAGUUACUGUAGGAAAGCUCCACCAUGAGGAGAAGGCAUCUGAGGGCAAGCCAUGUGGUUUGGAAGGUCAGUUCCCUGGCGUCAGGA